CCCCUGCAUCCAGCACAGAUGAAUUAUAUAAAAGGAGAAGAUGAGUCUAAUCCAUCAGUAUCUUACUGGCAGUACUCGGGAUAACAUCUCCUGUAGGCCAAUAGAAUGCGUGGAUUGAUUGUUCUGGCACUGGUGGGAUCCAGCUUUGCAGCUCGUCAGCUCCAAGCUCAGGGAACUCUAAGAAGACAAGAGAAAUCUCUUCUCAACACAUUCCCCUUCAAUGCUAAACAACAUGCUGAACAUCAAGCUCAUGCCAGUGAGAGAGAGCCCAGUGUAAACAUCCCUGCCCGUGAUGCUCUUCAAGGAGCUGAUACUGGUCUUGGAGGAGUAGCCUUCGGAGAUGUCGCAGCUGCCAAAGCUGGUUCUGAUGGUAAGCGUUGUAUUGACAAGGUUGAGAUGGUUGAAGAGACUGAGUAUGAUGAAGUUGUUCAAUGUGAUCACUCUUAUGACAGAAGGUGUCACACCACCUAUGUCACCAACUAUGAAUCACAGCAAGAGGAGGAGUGCGAGGAGAACUUCAGGAAGAACUGUUUCAUCGACUAUGAGAAGAUUGCUUUUAAUGAAACUGUUGAGGUCUGCAGAACACCUUUGGUUAAGGACUGUGAUGUCUCGGGACCUGAGAUCUGCAGAACUGAAUAUGAAUCUGAGUGCUGGACUAAACAAGAAGAACAUGAUGUUCAAGAUGAUGUUGUUACCUGUGAAACUAUCCAGGAUGAGAAAUGUGCUGAUGAAACUUCUGGUUAUACAACCUGCGCUCAUGUGACCAAGUUGGUCCCCAAGCUUGAACCUACCGAGGAGUGCGUUGAUGUCCCCAAGGAGGUUUGCACCAGGUCAAGGACCAACCCCAGGAAGGUCAAGAAGCCUGUUGUCAAGAAAUGGUGCUACAUUCCAUCUGCUGAAUCUGGACUGGCUUAAACCAGUUUUAACAGCUGGAUCUGGACUGGCUUAACCCAGUUUUAACAGCUGAAUAUGUUCUACAAAAUGGACGAACAACAGUCCUCUAGUCGUCUUAGUCUCCAGUCAACAUUGCCUUAGUCUUUAUUUUAAAAUUAUUUUCCUUGCCAACAAUAUUUACUGCAAUUUACUGUAUUACUGUAUUCAAGUAUUAGAUGUAAGAAAUAAAUUCCACUGCCAACACAAAUA